CCACUCUCACUCUCUCUGCAUGUGUCGUCAUGGUUUGUGUGUGUGAAAAUUGUGUAUUUGACCCGCGGUAUGUAUGUGUGUCCUGCAGUUGAUCGCGUUGUUGUUUGACGAUAAAAUGUUUCCUUCUUGAGUCACACCUGCUCGGCGUGCAUGUGCGUGUGCAUGUGUAUGUGUUGGGGGUGGGAACUCGCAGCCCCGUUGUAGCUGCAGUAGACACCAGGAGAGAGAGAGGAGAGGAAGAUACGAUUUCGUUAUUACAUUACCCGACAUAAAGAUGGACACCUGAGACAACAGACAACACUUCUAUAUCACCAUGAGGAACUGCUGACACCCUCCUCACCUGACUACCAGAGAGAAGACACUUUUCUUCCUCCCAUCCUCUCUCCCACUCAGCCCGUCUUCACAAGGAUAAACGUUAUUUUCGAGAGUGGAAAAAGUGAACGCCAGAGGAUAAAAUAGAGAAAAAAGCUAAAGCCCUCUCUUGACCCUUGACCUCAACCACUGACCUGUGACCUCAGUAUGUCAGGUCUGCGUGGUAAGCUGCAGCGUGUCCAGUGGCGGGCAGGAUGGCACUCCUUCACCUCCAGAGUCCUCAGGACCAAACCGGUAGAGAGCAUGUUGGACUCUGGGACAGGUGGUACCAGCAGCCAUGGCACCAAACUAGCGAGGGUGUUGUCCACGAUAGACCUGGUGUCACUAGGGGUGGGCAGCUGUGUUGGCACGGGGAUGUACGUGGUCUCUGGGCUGGUUGCUAAGGAGAUGGCUGGACCUGGCGUCAUCGUCUCCUUCAUCAUCGCUGCUGUCGCCUCUAUACUGUCAGGAGUGUGUUAUGCUGAAUUUGGGGUUCGCGUUCCCAAGACAACAGGCUCAGCCUACACCUACAGCUACGUGACAGUGGGGGAGUGUGUGGCCUUUUUCAUUGGCUGGAACCUGAUCCUGGAGUACCUGAUUGGUACAGCCGCGGGGGCGUCGGCUCUCAGCAGCAUGGCGGACUCACUGGCCAAUAAAAGCAUCUCCACGUUUAUGACUACACACAUCGGAACACUCAACGGCCUGGGUAAAGGAGAGCAGUCGUACCCAGACCUCCUGGCCCUGCUGAUAGCAGUGAUAGUGACAGUGAUCGUGGCCCUGGGGGUGAAGAACUCAGUAGGGUUUAAUAAUGUGUUGAAUGUGAUCAACCUGAUGGUGUGGGUCUUCAUGAUGGUGGCCGGACUCUUCUUCGUCAACGGACACAACUGGGACGAUGGAAGGUUCCUACCCUUCGGGUGGUCAGGGGUGAUGCAGGGAGCGGCAACAUGUUUCUAUGCCUUCAUAGGGUUUGACAUCAUCGCUACUACAGGAGAGGAAGCCAAGAGUCCCAACACCUCUAUACCCUAUGCUAUUACUGUUUCCCUCAUCACCUGCCUUACUGCAUACGUCUCUGUAUCAGUGAUUCUGACUCUGAUGGUUCCCUAUACAGAGAUAGAUGCAGACGCUCCUCUGAUGGAGAUGUUUGCUGUCCAUGGCUGUUAUUUUGCUAAGUACAUAGUAGCAGUAGGUUCUGUAGCUGGCCUGUCUGUCAGUCUCCUGGGCUCUCUGUUCCCCAUGCCACGAGUCAUCUACGCUAUGGCUGGAGACGGACUGUUGUUCAGGUUCCUGGCCCAUGUGUCUCCCUACACUGAGACUCCAGCAGUAGCAUGUGUUGUGUCUGGCUGUCUGGCUGCUCUCCUCUCUCUCCUCGUCUCCCUACGAGAUCUCAUAGAGAUGAUGUCCAUAGGAACACUACUGGCUUACACACUGGUUAGUGUGUGUGUGUUGUUGCUACGCUACCAGCCAGAAUCAGACAUCCACGGCUUUGUGAACUUCCUGUCUGAGGAGCAGUCCAAUAAGAAGAAGGAGGGCGUGUUAGCUGAGUGUGAGAAGGAAGUGUGCUCUCCAAUCAGUGAAGGAGAUGACUACGGAGGAUCUCAAACUAACACCUGUGGAGCUAAGAAUCUCCCCUCGCUAGGCGACAACGAGAUGCUGAUUGGUAAACCAGAUAAAACCACUUACACUGCCAGCCACCCGAACUAUGGCACCGUCGACAUGGGCUCCGGCAUCGAAUCAGAAGAGUCGGAGGGCGGGAUGUCGUGGAGGCUGAAGAAGCUGAUUGGUCCGCGGUACUACACCAUGAGGAUCCGAUUGGGCCUGCCUGGGAAGAUGGACCGGCCCACUCCGGCAACGGGAAAGACAGUUACAGUCUGUGUCCUCCUCCUCUUCCUCGUCGUCUUUAUCUUCAACUCCUUCAUCAUUUUCGGAGCGGCCAGCAUCGGUGAUGGCAGCUGGUGGGCUCUUCUCCUGCUGAUCUUCCUGGUCAUCUUCAUGGCCCUCCUCAUCGUCAUCAUCCUGCAGCAGCCAGAGAACCCUAAGCGACUGCCCUACAUGGCUCCGGCUGUUCCCUGGGUUCCUGCUGCUGCCAUGCUGGUCAACAGCUACCUGAUGUUAAAACUGUCUGCCAUCACCUGGAUACGCUUCGCUGUCUGGUGUUUCCUAGGUAUCCUGAUCUACUUUGGCUAUGGGAUGUGGAACAGUACUUUGGAGAUCAGGUCCAGGGAGCAGGAGGUCCAUGCGUCUACAUACCAGCGCUACGAUGGUCACCAUGCCGGGGUGGACGACGGCUUCUCAGGCUUCAGCGUUGAUGACGACCUCUACCCCCCUAGCAACAACGACCCCUGGGCCGCACCAGACGGUGUCGACGGGUCAGGGCUGGUACCCCCCAAGGCUGAUGAUGAUGAUUGGAUGGUUCCGAAGGGAGGAGCUAAGAGAGCGCUAGCGGAGGAGGACCCGGUGGAUUUCUGAGAAGAAAGGAAUGAUGGACGGAUGUUUCCGAGAGGAUUGAUAGAUGUUACUGUUGUAAACACCUGAAUGUACUGCCUACUGACGGCUGCCUGCCUGCCUGCCUGCCUGCCGGGUGUGUCUGUGUGUGUGUGUCUGUGUGUGUCUGUGUGUGUGUGUGUGUGUCUGUGUGUGUGUGUGUGUGU